AUGCUCUUUUGGUUGCUCUCUUGGUCGCUGGCUCACGGGUUGGAUGUGGAUCAAGUGCGCAGUGUCGAGGCAGCUCGAAAAUUUUACGGUGACAUCCUUGGCCUGACGGAGGGUCGCUCGGCACCUGACUGGGUGGACUACAACAUGUUUGGACAUCAAGUGGUCGCCCAUGUCUCUCCGCGCUUGAACGAGGACCACACCAACGCCGUGGACGGUCAUGAUGUACCCGUUCCUCACUUUGGCUGUGUUCUGGACUGGGAGGGGUUUGAUCGCUUGGCUGCCCGACUCACUGCCAAGGGCGUCAAGUUUAUCAUUGCCCCGUAUGUACGCUUUGAGGGCAUGGCGGGUGAGCAGAAGACCAUGUUCGUCAAGGACAACAGCAACAACAAUCUCGAGUUCAAGGCGAUGCGCAACCCGAGCUACCUGUUUCAAAAGCAGUGA